UUUCAUAGAGGGAUACACAUAAGACGGGGACAGAUCAGAUUCGUGACAGGAAAGCUUUUGGUUAAGUCAAGUAACCAAAACAAAAUGAUUUUGUUCUUUCUUGAGGUUUGUGCGUUACUGAUGUCGAUCGGAGCUCGAGAGCACUAAACAUGAAGAUAUUUUUUUAGGUUUUGAUGCAAUCGGAUAGCUACUUCUGACUGCAGAAAAAAGUAGAAAAGUUUUUUUGUAGAGUGGAGAAAAACUAGUAAGAAACUUUGUCGCAUGCUGCAUAUUAGUGCACAGUGAGGGAUAGUAGUUUUAUUUUAAAUCGAGAUCAUCGUUAAAAAACUAUCGUUUUUUUUUGUUUUUUUUGGUUUUUUUAACCAACACUGACUUACAUCCAACAAGUUUAAGGAAACGAGAAAAAAUAAGAUCACACACUAUCUUUGCUGGAACCGUAUCUUUUUCGAUUUGAUUUCUAUCUUUGUUGUUCCUGCCUUCUUGGAUACAUUAUUACAAAUGGCUUCUAUGAUGUACCUUACUGCGAAAUGCAUGCUAAUCGCUCAACUUCUGAUCCUGAUGGCAAAAAGUAGCAGAGCCCUUGUGUGUCUGCCCUGUGAUGAAUCGAAAUGCGAGGAGCCCAAGAACUGCCCCGGCAGUGUAGUUUUGGGUAUCUGCGGUUGCUGUUCGGUUUGUGCCAAGCAGAAGAACGAGAGCUGCGGGGGAGUCUAUGGACUGUACGGGACUUGUGAUCGUGGUCUGCGGUGUGUUAUCAGACCCCCACUGAACGGUGAUUCCAUUACGGAAUAUGAAGUUGGGGUUUGUGAAGAUGAAAACUGGGAUGAUGAUCAGCUACUUGGAUUUGAGCCUUGCAAUGAGAACCUGAUAACAGGCUGCAACAUAAUAAAUGGGAAAUGCGAGUGUGACAGCAUUCGGACCUGUAAUAAUCCAUUUGAAUUUCCAAGCCAGGAAGCUUGUCUGUCGGCGCUAAAGAGGAUCGAAGGGGCCUACAAGCCUGUUAUCUCUACUGGACCUGGCAGCCAUCAAUUCCUUCGUUUUGUACAAGAUGAGAAGCCUGACUGCUCAACUGCACGCUGUGAGGUGCAGUUCUCUCCGCGUUGUCCGGAGGACUCGAUUUUGAUUGAGGGCUAUGCCCCCCCGGGGGAGUGCUGUCCUCUGCCCAGCCGCUGUGUCUGUAACCCUGCCGGCUGCCUGCGCAAGGUCUGCCAGCCUGGAUACCUCAAUAUCCUCGUCUCCAAGGCUUCGGGGAAACCCGGCGAGUGCUGUGACCUGUACGAGUGUAAACCAGUUUUCAGUGUGGACUGCAGCACAGUGGAGUGUCCUCCUGUUCAGCAGGUUGUCUGCCCAGCUGACAGCUAUGAAACCCAGGUCAGACUCACUGCGGAUGGCUGCUGCACUCUGCCCACAAGGUGCGAGUGUUUGCCAGGGAUGUGUGGUUUCCCCCAGUGUGCCUCAGGAACUGUCCCCCGCAUCAUCUUCCUUGGCGACAGCUCACCUGGCAAGUGUUGUGAUGUGUUUGAAUGCGUCAAUGAAACCAAGCCAGCCUGCAUCUUCCACGGGGUGGAGUACUUUGACGGGGACAUGUUUCGCAUGGACGCCUGCCGCUUCUGCCGGUGCCAGGGUGGCGUCUCGAUCUGUUUCUCUGCGCAGUGCGGGGUGCUGCACUGCGACAGAUACUAUGUGCCAGAGGGAGAGUGUUGCCCCGUCUGUGAAGAUUCAAUCUUCCCUGUGCUCAACUUUGCUGGCUGUUACGUCAACGGACAGAUCUUGGCGCACGGUGACCACUGGAGAGAAGACGACUGCACUUUCUGCCAGUGCAUCAGUGGGGAUGCCCGCUGUGUGGCGGCAGCAUGUGGCCAUAGCUGCCUGAACCCUGUGGAAGUCCCUGGGGAGUGCUGUCCGGUGUGUGAAGAACCAACAUACAUCACAAUUGGACCACCUACCUGUGAGCUGCUGGAGAACUGCACUUUGAUGGAAAGGGACUGUAUCUAUGGCUUUAGACUGGACAUAAACGGCUGUCGCACCUGCCAGUGCAAAACCAGAGAGGAGUUGUGCAGUGGUCUGAUAUCAGGCUGUGCCCUUGACUGCCCGUUUGGGUUCCAGACAGAUGCCCACGGCUGUGAAAUCUGCCAGUGCCGCCCACGUCCAAAGAAAUGCAAGCACGUCGUCUGUGACAAGGACUGUCCUUUUGGAUACAUGAAGAACAAGCAUGGAUGUGAUAUCUGCCGCUGCAAGAAGUGCCCAGAAGUGCCAUGUGACAAAGACUGUCCAAUUGGUUUCGAGCAAGACAAUAUUGGCUGCUUUAUCUGCAAAUGCAGAGAAAUGUCCACUUCAGCAGGUCCUCCAGUAAAAACUGGUUCUUGCCUGUCCAUGGAUGGUAGGCGUCAUGAGAGCGGGGAGAGCUGGCAUGACGGUUGCAGAGAGUGUUACUGCCACAAUGGCCGGGAGAUGUGUGCCCUCAUCACUUGCCCAGUUCCUGCCUGUGACAACCCCACCAUCUGGCCUGGGCAGUGCUGCCCAUCUUGUCCAGACGACACCAGUUCUCGGACACCAGAGCUGAGCGACUCCUCUAUCUGCCAUGCUCCUGGGGGGGAGUAUUUUGUGGAAGGCGAGACAUGGAACAUUGACACUUGCACUCAGUGCACCUGCCACAGUGGAAGAGUGCUGUGUGAAACCGAAGUCUGCCCGCCCCUCCUCUGCCAGAACCCUAUCAGAACACAGGACUCCUGCUGCCCACAGUGCCCAGACGAGCCCUUCCUGCCCUUGUCACCUAGCAACGAGAGCAUGCCAGGCUACUGCAAGAAUGAGGAAGGGGACAUCUUCCUGGCGGCCGAGUCAUGGAAGCCCAACGUGUGCACCAGCUGUGUCUGCCAGGAAGGGGCAAUAAGCUGCUUCUCAGAGUCCUGCCCUCCAGUGGCUUGUGCUCGGCCUGUUCUGAGGAAAGGCCAGUGCUGCCCCUAUUGUCUCGAGGAUACUGUACCAAAGAAAGCAGUGUGCCAUUUCAACGGGAAGACUUACGCAGAUGAGGAGCGGUGGGACAUCGAUAGCUGCACUCAUUGCUACUGCUUGCAGGGUCAGACCCUUUGCUCCACUGUUAGCUGCCCCGCAUUACCCUGUGUGGAACCAGUAAAUGUGGAGGGGAGUUGCUGCCCUAUGUGUUCAGAGAUGUACGUGCCUGAACCCACCAACAUUCCCAUUGAGAAGACCGACCGGAGAGGAGAAGUCGAAUUUCAUGAGCCCUUUUGGCCAACAGGCAAUGAGAAUGAGAUCUUACCACAGUUCAGAGGAGAAAUGGGGAACCUCAAAAUGGAGUACACUGAGGGGAAGGUCCCAAUGCCAAACGAGGACACCACCUUCCACUAUGUCGCCUGGGUAACCCUGCCUAUAAUGAUGGCUCUGAUUGCAAUAGUCACUCUUCUCCUGAUCAAUCAGAAGAAGCAAUGGAUACCUGUGCCCUGCUAUAGAGCUCCUACAAAGCCUACAUGUUUGAACAACCAGCUGGUGUACGUGGACUGUAAGAAAGGCACAAUGGUCCAGGUAGACAGUCCUCAGCGGAUGCUGAGGCUGGCAGACCCAGACUCCAGAUACAGCGGCUCCUACAGCAUGCAAAAACAGAACAACCUGCAGGCAGACAACUUCUACCAAACAGUCUGAGGAUCUACUGCACUGUCAGAAACAGAACAUAAGUGACUUACCUGUUAUCUGAAACACAAAAAAAAAAAAAAAAAAAAAAAAAAAAAGCAUUAUUAUAAUUGCGCAUUUGCCACAUGGAUUGUAUUGGGAUUGUGAAUUCAUGACAGCUCUGGAAUAAGACAGAUUCUGUCUCCUGCAGCGUGUCAGAAAAUAGCAUUCCUGCUUUUCGUUGUGAUCUUCUGACCAGUGUUUCAAAGAACACUGUGGCACCAAAGUUCUAAGUUACUAAAGUUGUAUUUGCUUGUAAUAUUGCUGUGGAUGGAUCAGGCCAUCAGUGUGGACGCUCAGUCUUUCAGACUGGCAGAAGGGGGUCUUGAAUCAGGCAUCUGGACAUUGGCUUUUCUUGUUGCUCUGAACCUGCCUUUGACGGAGCCUAACCUACUAAAAGGACAAUCCCUAAAGGAUGAAGCAGUGUGACCUUUUAACCUUUGCUUGAUGCAUAAUCGUAGACUGGAAUCUUCGAAGGCCGCAAGCCUCAUGUAUUUGCGUAAUCUGUACAAUGGAGGGUUUACGAAUAAAAUAAACAAUCCUUUUUUUUUUUAAAUACAGAAAA